GUUGGAACAUCCCCACCCGCUCAGGUUCGUGCGCCUACAGCCGCCUCCGAACGGCGGGAAUCCUGUUCUGGAAUCUGAGGCUGAAAUUCAAACUUGAACCGUCUUUUACAACAUUUCUCGAGCAGCAGCCGCCAACGAAGAACCGGAGGGAUGUAGUGGACGAAUUAACCGAAAGAGAAGGAAAUGUGACCGUCAUUGUGACGUUCCGGAUCAGCGGUCUCCAACGGCAGGGUGAUUUCUCCCCUCUAAAAAUAGUCGACUUUCUUUGCGCACAGCGUGCUGCGGGUCUGCAAGCCUCUACUAACGCCACCCGAAAUGUUAGCUUGUUGAAAGUAGAGUUUCAAUAAUUACUACAAGACUAAAACUGUAUUUCUUCUCUAAAAUGAUUCCAGGGUUCCUCGGUGGAUUUUCAGAGUCUGCUGGCGGUUGUGCGAUUUAUUAUUGAUCACGAAGGACGGAGCCGGACACCGCCCGGACCUGUAUUAAGGCUACCGGGAUUUCAUCGUGUUCCUUUGCUCUGGGGAAAGAUAAAGACCGGCAGCUUUCACAUGGAGACACCUGAGCUGAAUGUUCUAGGAUUGAGAUUGUUUUAUUUGUUGAACAGGCUGCAUGUGUUGGGGAACACCGGCCCUUCUUAGAUACAAACGAAUGCUUGGUUAAGUGAUAAGGUUAUUUCCACUCAAGGACAUUCUUGAUGUUGGUAGGUGUAGUUUCCUAUAGUAUCUGUGUCGUGGACCACGAACCGGAGCUGGGCACGGAUUUCCACCGGGACUUGAGGUGAACGUUUUUGGAUUUAAAGCUGUUUAGCCUCCCGACAUCACUUUCUCCUGCUUGAUGUCUCACUGAAGCAGCACCUUUACACGGACUUCUCGAGCUCUUACCUUCCUAUUACUUUAAAUACCUUACUGGAGUAAUUGGGCUUUGGCAGGCGGAUGGGAGGAGGAUAGGAUUUGACCCCUUCAUCCACACUCAGCGUUUGACGAUCUAUCUCUGCGUGAGUGCCUCUCGUGGGUUUGCACGGUUAGACCACCGGCACCUGGAUUUUCCCCGUUCAACCCCUUUUUAUUUCUACUGCGCGCACGUCUCUUCUGGUAAUUCCGCUGCUGCUUCUGCUGCUGUCCGGUCCCACACACACGCUCACGUUUCUUCAGCAGCAGAAAACUACCAAGAUAGCCUCUCCCUCCUCGUGUGGAAAAGGAGUCGUGCAGUGGAGGAGACCAGGAAUUGGGAUAAGCCUGAUAACCUUUUUAAAGCAUUUUGGGGCUUUUUCUGAUUUAACUUACCCAUUAGUGCACGGAUCGGUAGAGGAAGAAGAAGGGAUUCUGGAGAAAACAGACGAGACAAGAGGAGAGGAGCUGGGGAUCGAUGAAGGUGUCAGGAAGGACUGACCUGGUGACCAGAUGACAGACAGGUAGGAGGGUGUCCUUGUUAGCUUGUCAUCCUGUUGUAACCCUGAGGCCGGUGAUGUGACUGGAAUGGGAAUUCAUAAAAGGCCUGCCUCCACCUGAGGACUUUCUGCUUCCCUGAGAAACUCAGGCAAACUUGGCAGACUUUGAUGGACAGCUGGCUGAGUCAAUGACGAACUUUGAGGACUUGUAACACACGUCUGCAGGGUCCUCCAGUCAAACCUCUGUGGCCAUGUGCACUACAAUGUGCAUGUGAACCCAGAUGAGCGCCAGCACUGCUUCAUGCCCCGAGAGAAGAGGUUGCCCAUCCCUCACUGAUAGAGGCUGUUGCAGAUCAGAUCCAGUCAUCACAUCGGUUGACCGCCCCUCCCUGAUGAAGAAAUACUGAAGCCCUCCACAUCAAGUAGAUUAGCCAUGGAUGCCUUCUCUUCACUGGUCUGCCCUGUGCUCCUGCUCCUCUUCUUUGUCUUCCUGUCCUCCCUCCCCACCUGCUCCUCGUCCAUGCUGUGUCCGAAGCGCUGCACCUGUCAGAACCUGCUGCCGUCCUACACGGUGCUGUGCGCCAAGACAGGCCUGCUCUUCGUCCCGCCCAACAUCGACCGUCAGACGGCUGAGCUCAGGCUGAUGGACAACUUCAUCACAACGCUGAGGCACCGUGACUUUGCCAACAUGACCAGCCUGAUCCACCUGACCCUCAGCAGAAACACCAUCAGCCAGAUCAGGCCGUAUACCUUUGCUGACCUCCAGGACCUCCACGCUCUCCACCUGGACAGCAACCGCCUCACCACCCUGGACGACUCCCACUUCCAGGGCCUAGUGAACCUGAGGCAUCUCAUCCUGGCCAACAACCAGCUGCACAGCAUAUCAGAGGGAGCCUUUCAGGACUUCCUGGAGACCCUGGAGGACCUAGAUUUGAGCUACAACAAUCUGGUGGACAUCCCCUGGGAGACCAUCGCCAUGCUGGUCAGCGUCAACACCCUCAGCCUGGACCACAACCUCAUAGAGAGCGUCCCCGAGGGAAUCUUCUCCAACCUGCACAAACUGGCCAGGCUGGACAUGACAUCCAACAAGCUGAAGAAGAUUCCUCCAGACCCAUUGUUCCUGCGGAUCCCAGUGUAUGCUAAGAUGAAGGGUUCUCCUCUCACAUCGCUGGUGUUGAGUUUUGGCGGGAAUCCUCUGCACUGUAACUGUGAGCUGGUCUGGCUUCGCAGAGUGACCAGGGAGGACGACCUGGAGACCUGCGCUUCGCCUAAAGAUCUGGCUGGCAAAUACUUCUGGACCAUUAGAGAGGAGGAGUUUGUCUGUGAGCCACCCAUGAUUACUCGUCACACCUCCAAGAUGUUUGUGAUGGAGGGGCAGGAGGUCAGCCUGCGCUGCAAGUCCAUCGGAGAUCCUGAGCCUUCGACGCACUGGGUCAGCCCUGAUGGAAAGCUUAUUGGAAACACGUCCAGAACCAUCUGCUAUGAGAACGGUUCUCUUGACAUCCUCAAGGCCUCUGUCAAGGAUUCUGGAAAGUUCACAUGCAUAGCGUCUAAUGCAGCCGGGGAGGCCACUGCUCCAGUGGAGUUAGUUGUCAACCCAUCUCCACACUUCGAUCCCAAACUGGACCCUGACCCGGGGCCUUCAGACAUCCCCACAUCAAUCAAGUCCAACGUCAGCGGAGGCCAGGUUCGGUCCGAUCAGCAGAGGGUCAGUGUGUCAGAUCUGACAUCCAGUUCUGCUAUCAUCAGGUGGCCCCCGCAGAAUCACAUACCAGGAGUCCGCAUGUACCAGAUCCAGUACAACAGCUCCACAGAUGAUAUACUCAUAUACAGGUGA